UCGUCAUCUCGUACUUCGGUGCCUCGAAUGUAAUAUCUAUUUUAGGGCUCGUCAUGUUCCAGGUGUUGAUAAUAAGAUUGCUGAUGCUCUGUCCCGUUUUCGUUGGCAGGAUUUCAGGUCCUUUCUUCCGGGAGCGGAUUUGGAGGGCAGGGAAUGCCCGUCGUACCUGUGGGACCUGGUGGACAGGAGCUGAUGUCGUUGGUCCGAUCAUCGGUUUCCCCGGCGACUUGGCAGGCGCAUGGUCCUGGGCGUCCGGCCGUAUGGAUUGUUGGCCAUUCGUAUGUUUUCUGGGUGGCUCAGAGAGCUGAUUGCCGACCUGGUGGGAGGUCCCUCGGCUUCCGUGAAGUGGACGUAUCCUGGAGAGGAAUCCGGGGUUUGCGAUGGGCUCAGCUCCUGUCUCAAGUGGUCGAAAUUGGUUCGCAGGCCAGUGGCCCGCUUAUUUUGGUUUUACAUGCAGGGGGGAACGAUAUGGGUUCUGUGCCCCUGGUGGAAUUGUUGACCCUCAUCAGGUCCGAUUUGGAGCGCUUCCCUUCCUUUUUUCGUGAGGUGGUCCUGGUAUGGUCUGAGGUUGUCCCUCGUGUGGUAUGGCAGGGUGGGGAGGCGGUCGAGAGGUGUAGGAGGACGAUUAAUGCCCGUAUUUCCCGUUUUGUCAGGUCCCGGGGUGGUGUGGUGGUCAGACACCGGCAGCUUGAGGGUGAUAACCGUUCAUUAAUGAGGCCCGAUGGGGUGCAUCUGAAUGAUAUAGGUUUGGAUAUUUUCCUUUCAGGUCUUCAGGAUGGGGUGGAACAGGCCAUGUUUUUGUUGGGUGGUGGUCGGAGCCCCGUUUGA